CACUGGAAUCAUGUUCAUUUAAUCGAUAGCAUACGAAAGUUAGAUUUUGAUAAUGGUUUCUUAAUACGUUUUUUUAAAAUAUUUACUGCCUAUAUUAAUGAAAAAAGUAGAAUACGAAUCAAUUACGGAAGUUAUUUUAAGAUUUCUCUAUUAUACUGUUUGAAUUAUAUUGUCAUAUAUACGUGCUUGAACUAACGAUUUAAUAUUUUCUUGCUUCAUUCUUUUAACAAGAAAUAUUAAAAUGGAAGUCUCGUGGACAAAUACUCGCGAGAGUUUGAAAAAUUUUGCGAAGACCCUAAUAUGUAGAAAAUGCGGAAACAAACCGAUAAAUCCAGUCAGUUAUACCUCUUGUGGACAUUUCUUCUGUUCACACUGUAUAGAUAAUUCAAAAUGUUAUCAAUGUGGUAUACCAGUUAGAAUAAGUGAAAUACGCAGUGAUCAUACAAUAUUAAGUCUUUUACGUGAUUGUGACAUUAUUGCGAAAGUAAUAGAAGAAAACAAUUUAUGGAGUGCACUUAUUGAUAUAAGGAAUAUUUUACAAAACGAAGAUGCGUUACCUGCUGAUAUACAAAAUACUAUUAGUAAAGAAUGUAGUGUUGUUAAUUACUUACUAAAAAACAAUAUUAAGAACAUAAAUAAAAGUAAUCCAAUGGGUGAAACUCCUUUACAUAUAGCUUGCAUAAAGGGACAAAAAGAAAUAGUAAAAAUUCUUCUUGAAAUUGGUGCAGAUCCAAAUACAAAGGAUAAUGCUAACUGGUCACCAUUGCAAGAAAGUAUAAAUUUGGGUCAUUAUGAAAUAUGUGAGUUACUAUUAAAGGCUGGUGCAUUUACUAAUUCACCAGGUAUAGAAAAUAGGACAGCUUUACAUGAAGCUGUGAUAAAUAAUAAAGUAGAAGAAGUAAAACUAUUACUUCAAUAUAAUGCUAAUAAGGAAGUUUAUGAUCAAUAUGGUAAAAAACCUAUAGAUUAUUGUUAUUCUGAAGAAAUGAAGGAAACUUUGCUAAAUAUAAAUGUAUCUUCUAUUAAUACAGAAACUGAAUAUGAGUUAAAUAGUAUUUUCGAUCAAACAUUCUAUAAUAAUAAUUUAAUUGUAUAUUUAUCAAAUUUGAGUGAAAUAAACAAAGAAUUAUUUGAAAGAGUAGUUGCAAAGCAUAAAAUAAAAUUUAUACGUAACUAUAAGCCAUGUGUAACUCAUAUAAUAGUGGAAGUAAAUGAACAAAAUAUUGCUGAUCUUACCUAUGAUAUUAUGCUUGCUUUACUCAAUGGCAAAUGGUUACUGACUAGUGAAUGGGUUUCAGUGAGCUUAGAAUUGUCGAAUAUACGUGAGGCAGAAUUAGAAUUAUUUGAAGUCAGUGGUUGUCCUACUUUGGAAGUACCCAAACGAGCUAGGGAAAACGAAGAAUAUCAAAAUCCACGAUUGUUCAGUCGAUGUUCCUUUUUUCUUUCUCUACAAGCGAACGUCGUUUAUCGUAUCGGCGAUAUUAAUUUAACGAAGGAAAAAGUGAUAAAGUUGAUAAAAGCAGGUGAUGGAAUCAUCCUUAACAGGGAACCAAAUCCAGAAGAUAUCAAAAAUUUGAAGCAAUAUAUCCCAUUUCAUGUUGCUCAUAAUCCUCAUCAUCCUUUGUACAAGUGUACACAUUAUAUUAUAUAUCCUGCUGAGACCAGUGAACCACUCAUAAUAUAUAAUAUGCCUCAUCUGCGAAGUCUCCCUCUGUUAUGGUUAAUUGAAUCUAUAGAGAAGUUUACUUUACUUAAUCCAUCUUACAUAGGCUUGUAAGAUAACAAUUAUCUGUUUUACGCAUUUCAUUAAAAAUCAUAAUUCACAUUAUUCCAUUCGAUAGACGUAAUCCAUAUUAUAUAGAAAUAAUUUAUAUUAUUCUAUUCGAUAUUUAGAUCUUAUUUAUAUUUAUCAAUAUUUAUUGAUAUAUAAUAAAUGUCUUCAAAAUAGUUAAUAUAAUCAAUUAGUUUCUUAU